AUGGUCACUCCACUUCGCGCGCAAGGACACUCGGCUCGCCCGCCGCUUCCGGUCGCGGUGCCCCAGAGGCCUCUGGAAGGCGUAGUUUCUCUUGCAAUUCGCAAAGGCCUACGGGACUCGGAGGCGCGGGAGGAGGAGAACUGUGCGGGAGACCGUUGCCCCGGCAACCCCUGGCACGUUGUCCCCAUGGCCGGAGAGUGCCCAGGCAGGAUCAUAAAGGUUCUAUUGCUCACAGGGCUCCAGGUUCUGUUCUUCACCUAUUAUUGGGAUGACAACUUUGACCCAGCUGAGUUACAGGGAGCCCAUGUACUGCUGACAAAGGCCAGUGCCAACAUUGGCGAGGAGCUAGCUCACCAGUACGCCCAUCAGGGCGCCCACCUGGUGCUCACUGGCCACUCUGAAGCCCUCGUGCAGAAGGUGGUAGGGAACUGCCGGAAGCUGGGCGCCCCCCCUCAAGUCUCCUACAUCCCUGCAAACAUGGCCUCCCCUGAGGUGCCUGAGCGUGUGCUCGAGCUGACCACCCUCUCCCGGCCAGGCGGGCUGGACUACCUCGUGCUGAACCAUAUCGGCGCCAUCCCUGCCGGCACGCGGGCCCUCAGCGUCCAAGAGACUCGCUGGCUCCUGUAGAUGAAUUUGCUCAGCUUCCAGCUGACUUCCUUGGCGCUGCCCAGCCUGACGGACAGCAAGGGAACCAUGGUGGUGGUGUCCUCGCUACUCGGUCCCCGCCCCUCCUGCACUCCUAGUCCGCGUGCCCCCUACUCUGUGGCCAAGUUUCUACUGGAAGGCUUCUAUGGUUCCCUGCGGCGGGAACUGGAUGCACAGGAUGUGAAGGUGGCCAUCACCCUGUGUGUCUUGGGCCUCCAGGAUCACACUUCGGUCACCGAGGGAGUCAGGGCCAGGUCAGCCCCUGAUCCUAAGGCGGCCCUGGCGGUCUUCCGCGACGGUGCUAAGGUGCUUCCGUCCACCGCACUUCCAUCUGCUGUGCCCGCUGCCACACUCAAGGGCCUGGUUCAUAUGCCAGGACCUCAAUGUCACGGCCACAGUGGCUGCCUGAGCUCCCACACGUGGCACCCCUUCAUCCUCCACUCUACCCCCACCGUACCCACCCCCUCACUGAAGAUGCUUUGA